AUGGGUAGCACAGAGCCCACGACGCUACAUGAGGAGCACCAAUAUCUCUCCCUCGUCCGCCGCGUCAUAGACGUAGGCGAAGUUCGCCCAGAUCGCACUGGCACGGGCACCCUCUCUAUCUUUGCACCCCCCUCUUUCCGUUUCUCUCUCGCAGACGACACGCUCCCGCUCCUCACCACGAAACGCACAUUUCUACGCGCUAUCGUAGAAGAACUUCUCUGGUUUAUCAAAGGCUGCACAGACGCUCGAGUGCUCUCGCAAAAGGGCAUCAAGAUAUGGGACGGAAAUGGAAGCAAAGAUUUUCUCGAGAAGCGGGGUUUGGGACACAGACGAGAGGGCGAUCUUGGUCCUGUGUAUGGGUUCCAAUGGAGACAUUUCGGCGCGAACUACGUCGAUUGCGACACAGACUAUACCGGUCAGGGCGUCGAUCAGCUGAAGGAAUGUAUUCGAAAGAUCAGAGACGAUCCGACUGAUCGACGAAUAAUCUUGAGCGCAUGGAAUCCGGCGGCCAUGCCGCUCAUGGCCCUUCCACCGUGUCAUAUGAUGUGUCAAUUCUACGUGCAUCUUCCCGUCACGCCCGAUGCUCCUAAACGCCUAUCGUGUCUCAUGUACCAACGCUCAGCCGACCUCGGGCUCGGCAUCCCUUUCAACAUCGCGUCUUACGCGCUUUUAACGCAUAUGGUCGCGCAUGUCACGGGGACCAAACCCUACGAACUCAUCAUCCAACUUGGAGAUGCGCAUGUUUACCGCGACCAUGUCGAUGCCCUCGAAAUACAACUCAAACGCGAGCCAAAAUCAUUCCCAAAGGUCAAAUUUAGAAGGGAGAUCACUGACAUUGACGGAUUCGAUUCGGAAGACAUCGUGGUUGAAGGAUAUGAUCCUCACCCAACGAUAGCCAUGAAGAUGAGUGUGUAG